UAAACACAAAGCAUCAGUGAGAAAAGUAAAUUAUACUAGAGCGAGAGACAGAAUGCACAAGAAAUUCGGAGGUAGGCAGCCAACAGGGACUCCAUCGUUGGCAUGGUCUUGUGUCGUUGUCGUUGCCUCUCUUCUUGCUGGUGCCUCCGUCGUCCACAAUAUUUACAAGCCUAACCUUACGUUGCCUCCCGUGGAAAGCGACGAUGAGUCUAAGAGCAAGCAACCUGAGAAGGGACAGUAAUCGUCAAAAUUGGAUUCUGCUGUUUUGGUGCGUGAAAUUGUUUGCAUUGGGAGUGGUUGUGUGAACUUUUGUCCUGCGUAUGAUUGUUUUAUAGCUGUACCAAAUUUUAGUAGUUUUGCUUCUCUGCUAAGCACAUUUUUGCCAUUGAAUUAAUUUUUUGAAAAUUGUUGAUUUGGGAACCUAAACAACGCUUGAAGUUUUUGUUUUUUCUGGUUCA